UAAUAAGUCCACACCAUAUAUUCUUCUACUAUUUGUACCACAUGCAUUAAGAUUUGUAUGUUUUUGUAAGUAAAAAACAAAUUUUCCAUACAUCAUUUCCAUAAUUAGCAUUCUAUCUUGCAGUCGAGAACAAAGAUAUGGCGCCAUUGCAGAGAUCGACGUCGGCAAUCGCACCUCAACGUCAACCCGAUCAACUUCAGAUCCACCACUUUACCCAUCAACACCCUGUUCACAAACUGUUCAUGGCGUUUGAAUUCACCUGCGACGGCUGCAAGACGCGUGGAUACGGCGUAAGAUACCGAUGCUCCGCCUGUAAUUUUGACCUCCAUGAACAUUGCGCCACCGCCGCCCACCGUCUCCAAUCCCACGUCCACCCUCACCACCAGAUCGUCCUCGUAAACCGCCCAGGAACCUCACACUUCUGCGACGUUUGCAAAGGCUUCACCGACGGGCUUAGCUACACCUGUCAGACGUGUGAGUUUGACGUUCACACGCUCUGUACCCAGAUCCCGGUGGCCACCGGAGUCCCGAAGUUGAAGGUGGAUCCGUGUCAGCAGCAGCAAGGAGGCGUGCAGUGGGCCCAACCUACGACGGCGUUUGGUGGUCAUCAUCAAAAUCAACCGGUGGUGAUGGUGAACCAGUUCCAGCAAGGAGUACCUGCGUCGACGACGGCGUUUGUUGAUUAUUAUGGAACGAAUAAUGGUAAGCCUGUGCAGAUGAUGAACCACCAACAGUAUCACCACCAGCAGCAGCUGCAUCAACAAGGUGUAUCUACGACGGCGUUUGGUGGAUAUCAAGGAGUGAAUAAUAAUAAUAAUCAAGCUGUGAUGAUCAACCAACACCACCACCACCACCAGCAACUGCAACAGCAGCAACAACAGCAGGCGUUUGGUGGUUAUCAGAAUCAACAGUUCGGUGGUUAUAAUAAUCAACCGGUGAUGAUCAAUCAGCAGCAGCAGCAACAACAGCAGCAAGGGAAUAAGUCGAGUACUCUUUCGAAUGUGGGGAAAAUUGCUGCUAAUGUUCUUAUGACUUCUCUUAUUGGUGUUCCUAUAAAUUUUAACUCAAGAAAGUGAUCAGCUUUUGCGAUGGCUUAAGUAUGUCGGAAGAGGGUUUUCAUUGUAAUUUUAAUUACAUUAAUGAAUGAUCAAUUGUAUA